GCAGACGGUGGCAACGGUAUAGGAUGGAAAUAUAAAAUUCAAUUUUCAUUAUGACUGUAUGAGAGAGUUGAAGUUAACCUUGAGACAAACAAUGAGUCCACUUCAUGUGCAGUACUGCAGUAAAAAAAUGCAAAACAAUGAAAACUUCAGCAAACUGUGCGGGUCGAAACGAUGCAUAUGAGACGACACCAUGUCCAGUAGACAAUUUUUUGAGCGGGCGUGAAGCUAAUUAAAAAUAAAAAUAUUUGUUAGAUUUUAUCUUGCCCGCCUUAUUUUGAAUAUUUACAUUUCUUUAUUUUGGGUGUUCCACCCACGUAUUUUGAACGUGUUUUUUUUAAUAAAACAUACUUUCGCCUCACUAUCUGUUAUUUGUAGCUUAUCGUUACUAAUUAUUUUUGAGAUUGAGCGAAAGAUUUGACAAGUUCUAAAAAGGGGUCGCACCGCAUGGUUAGGUCCCCACUGUGGGAUAAACAUGUAAAUCCUAUCCAAGUAGCCUAUCUUUUUUUUCAUCUUACUGAAGGUACUUUGUAUGAACAAUACUGCAAUAUUCUCAUCUAAAACAUUUCGUAUCAGUUGUUUUAUAUUUGCCACAUCAAAAUUUUAUAUACAGGCAUAUGCUAGCUGCUAGAAAUGUUGGUGUGUUUUGAUUUGCUAACCAAUUGUAAUGGAAGAUUGUCACAAAUCAACUACGAAGCUGCAACUGUAUCGCUGCAACAAAUGUUCACGUUCCUUCUUCAGCGAUGAAAGGAGAACGUCUCAUUUUGAAGCAAAACAUUUAAAUUCAAUCAACAUAAAAUGGAAAUCUCAUAAAAUUGUGGAUGAAAACCAAAAUGCUCCCAUGGAAAUAUUAAGGAAAAAAACAAACAUGACUAGAACAGAAGCUAUGUUUUCAACCUUAUUAUCCAACUGGCCACCAGAGAAUGCUUACCCUAAAUUGCAAUCUCGGCAUCGUAUCUCGAAAAAACGGUUGGACAUGUUACUCAAACGAUGGUUAAGUAAAAGCUACUCACCAUUACUUCAUGGAAGUUUAAAUGCCAAAAAAGUUCUAUCACAAGAAUAUUCCAAGGACAGCAUGCUUACUCAGGAACGAAUCAAUGAUUUGACUUUCUUGACUGGUUUAUCUUGUAGAUUCAUAAAGUUAUGGUUUCAUUGGAAGAAAAUACGAGGUCAUUUAUCAUCAGGCGACCAACUUCUUUAUAAAUCAUUUCUUAGCCAACCGUAUCCAGAUGAUGCUUCUUUGCAAAUGCUUAUGACCGAAACAGGACUCCUACUUUCACGAAUCCGACUAUGGUUUCGAGUCUCCAGAGCGAAGUAUCGGAUAAUGGAGUUUAAAGAAGUGGAAGAAAAGGUGCUCUGGGCGUGGUUUUUGAAAGGUGCAGAUUCAGCAUUAGAAGAAAAAGAGAUGGGAGAAGUUGCCACACUGGUAGGAAUGAAUAUCGAAGAUGUCAAAACUAUUUUUAAAUACUGGAGUGAUGCUUGGUUCAUUGCUGAUGUUCCAUCGAAAGAAAAACUGUUGAUGAACAGUCAGGAAAUAUGCGAUAGGCUUGGAAUUGAUGUAACAAAACAUGAAAAUGUGUUGAAUGCACUGGAAAAGGCCAGGAAUAACCAGAAAAUGUUCGGAAUUCCAAUUUGUUGCAAGGUUAUUGAAACUGGCAAUUCUGAGCAAGUCUCUGCUAACUUUCCUUUUUUAAAAACUUAUUUUGAAUCUUAUUUGGAAAAGGAUAAGGUAGUGCCAUAUCAGUCUAAUGAAGACCUUGACGAGAAGGACACGGAUUCAGAUAAUGAAGAAUGUUCUGCAGCAGAUCACUCGCAAAAUGAGAAAGGUGAUACACCAUCUUCUUCCAGUGUGUUACACAAUGAUACACAAAGUAAAAAACUUCUUGUAGUUCAAAGUGAUGUAUUAAGACAAACCCAUUCUGGAUCACCGAGAAUUGAAACUGAAAAUGAAGAACAAAAUCUUUAUUCUCUAUUCAACAAAGCACCAAGCUAUUGCGUUGAAACUGACUGUACAUCUUCUUCUCCAGAACAGCAUUCAAGCUUUGCUGGUUAUAACCUCAGUUCUUCAGAGUAUUGUUCGACAUCUUCUGAGGUUGAGGAAUCAACUUGUGAUAGUGGUAAUGAGUCUGAUAGCUCAGAUGAUGAUGACAAUGAAUCCACAAGUGCUGCUGAAUAUUUUCCUGAGAAACUGGAUCAUAAGCCAUAUACAUUUAUAGACUUGACAUUGGACUCUGAUCAUAAUUCCAGUGAUCAAGAGGAAGCAGCUGGAAACUGUUCACAAAUUUCAGAUGCAGUGCCUGACUCGAACCCACUCAAUGUUUGUGAAUUUGAAGAGAUUACAGAUUGGAGUCCAUUAGGUGAAGAACAUACAGUUGGUGAUAAUCGUGACAAUUGCCAGUCACCAAGUAACCUUGUAAUUUGUGAGUCUGAUGAAGAAGUUAUGUCCAUUUUGCAUAAGCCAAUAACUGAAUUGACACAAUCUAUUAAGACUGAUUCAUCUGGUUAUGAAAAUAAUAUGGUGACUAUGAAUGUUGAUGAUACAAGAACUGAUCCACAGCUCGACGUGUCUGUUGAAUUGUCAUUGACGAAUCCAGAAAAUGAUGUCAGUGCGAAAUUGCAAGAGCAUCCUUCUCCAGAAAUUCCCUUUUCCCAUUCACAUAAUACAAUCAUUCCCCCAACCAGUUUGCAAGCACGUUUAAAACAAGAGUCUUCGUCAAAAACAAAAAGUCAGGAUGUCAUGUUGAUUGGAAAUAGUUUCAAAAAACUUCAUUGCAAGAGAAGAGCUAUCUACAUUGAGCCAAUUUCUCUUUCUCGUCGAUCAAAAGAAAAAUUUUCUCCUAAAAGGCCACUGCAUCAUAGAAAACCAAAAAGCACUACGAGGAGCAAGCAUCUUCACAUUGCAAAAACUCUUUUCAGUAAAUCUUUUUCUCAAUGCAAAUUGUCACCAUACACUGAAUUGAAGAAAAGCUUGCAUAAAAGAAAUAAAUCGUAGGAUUUUUAAUAAGCUGCUAUAUGAAUGUGUUGAAAGCUUGAUAACUUUUCAUUAUUUCUAUUUUGAAAUUAAAGUAUUACUACCUGUGAUGUAUUUUAAAGAUUGUGAUGUUAAAUAUUGCUCAGUUUUCCAGCUUUUGCAGACUCACUAACUCAUCUUGCUAUUGAGAUGAAUGACUGCUGAUGUACAUAACAUUAAGCCCUUAUAAAGUUUUUGUUUUUCAAUCAUAAUGUUGUUCGUCUUUUAGUCACAUUUUUUUCAAUGUCCAAAGUUUUAUAACAUCAAUUUAUCCAUCAGAUAUUCUGUUUUUCUAUCAAUAGAAUAUUACGGACCUGACUUUCGAUAAAUGCCACAGUUUUUUGUUAAUACUAUUUUUCAAACUGAACUAGUAAUUCAAGUUUGGAUCUAAGGUGUGCUGAUCUUUCCCCGUUAAAGGCUUCUAUUAAUUUUUACUUUUUAUAUAGCUUUUAAGAAGCAACAAUUUUUGUUUGGAAUUUUAUGUGCCAAGUAUUUUCAAAUAGAUUUAUACUCAGUUUUCCUUUGUAUUCUUAGCAUUUGCCAGAGCUAUAUUUCAUGUGGCGAGCUGCUUUACGAUUUAAACUUUAAAUACUGUGUUAUUAUAUAUUCACAAAGCUUUACUUUAAUGGAGAGAAUAUAUAUAUUUCAUUGCAUGCGCCUAAA